GCCCAUGUGCACUUCCGGUUUACAGUCGUUUAGAUUUCGUUUUGGCAAGCAACACCAAAGAACUUUCCCUGCAUGAACGUUAAAUAAUGCUACCACUAUCACUUCUGAGGACAGCUGUGAACCACCCUAUGUUGGUGGAAUUGAAGAAUGGAGAGACAUACAACGGUCAUUUGGUCAGCUGUGAUAACUGGAUGAACAUAAACCUCCGAGAGGUCAUCUGUACUUCAAGGGAUGGUGAUCGUUUCUGGAGGAUGCCAGAAUGCUACAUCAGAGGCAGCACCAUCAAAUACUUACGUAUCCCAGAUGAGGUCAUUGAUAUGGUGAAGGAAGAGGUCAUUCAAAAAUCCAAAGGACGAGGAGAGAUGAGAGGUCGUGGAGGACCACAGAGAGGUCGCGGAGGCCGAGGUGCGUUCGGGAGCCGAGGAGGAGGCAGAGGAGGUGGCCGUGGCGGCCAACAAAGGCCGGGCAAAGGGAGGGGUGAUUAAUUGUAAUGUCUGCAACAAGGGAGGGGCGAUUUCUGUCUUCAACAUAUUGUUACUAUUUUUGUUUUUGGUUGGUUAAAAAAUAUCCAGCAAGAUUGUAUGAGACAAAACCAAAAUGUACUUAUUUUGAUGUGUUAUUUUCAGGCUAAAUUCAACCAUGCUGAUUCUAUUGGGGAAACUCUUUCAUAAAGUUGCUUUGCCAUUUUGUCGAAUUCUUUUCUUUUUUUUAUGCAAAAGCUCAUCUCUUCAACAUUGCUUCAUUGCUGACACAUUGCAUUGUUUUGGUAAUUUCCAAGGGAAAGGAUUUUUUUUCACAACAUAGUUUUUAAUUAGUUAAUUGUAAAAUGAUAAUGACCUUUCGUAAUUCUUCGGGAAAUGAGAUAUUUUUCAUACAGUUUGGACAGCUAUUUAUUUCUUAACCACCCAACAAAAAGGGUAAUGUUAUGAGGAAGACUGAAUGGUUUGUGAAAGGAAUGAAAGCAUAUAGGGUGAAUGUGACAAUGUUCCAUUUUGGAGUUUGGUACGCUUGUAUUGUGGGGUGUGGACCUAGUGAAAACGUCUGUAUGAAGUGACUGUUUACAUACUUAUAUCGGCCAGAUCUUAUUUUAAUGCCCUUGUCAUUUACUGUCAGUCAUGAAUUAGACAUGACAUAAAAAUAUCUGUUACCAUGCAGGUAUCACAAAGUCAUUUUAACUCAUUCACCCCUGAAACUUCAUAAUGAACUAUUCCAACCUUUGAAUUGGAAGAGUUCAAAUGUGUCUUCAGUUAAGGUGUCCGCAGUGCAAUGAUUUAAUAACCAGUACUGUUGAAGUCAGGAUAUCUUCUUGGUGUCGCCUGUAACAAACGUUUGUAAUUAAAAGACUUACCUACCUGAUGUGUUUUCCCUGACAUGUAAUAAUAUGUAGGUAUCAAUAUGUUAACUAAGUAAGGCCAAGUUACUGGUACUUUAGAUGAAAACAAAAUAUUGGCAACAUCAGUAUGCAGAUUGUACAAAAGGCAUUAGAAUAAGAUGACCAUUAAUAUAUGUAGGUUAUGUAUGUAAAUUGUGUGUAUGGAGCUCAUCUGUUGAGUUUGUGUCAUUGUUUAUGACAGAAUGAGUGUGGUUGUACUUCGUCAUUUUGCCAUGUACAAGUGCUAUUAUAUUGUUUUGUAAUGCUACAUACCUGGUAUGUUACUGUGGUCAAUGGCGGUAUUGAAGUACAUAUAGUUAUACCUCCAAAGCCAAUUUCUUUUCUCUAAAAAAAUGAAGAGAGAAAAAAAAAAUUAAAAAAUCUAUUUACGGCAAACAACUGCUACAAAAUUUGUUCCAAUGAUUUAGAGAAUGGUUCUGUGUACUUGUUCUUGUUAUAGAUGGGAAGUAUACAUCACUUCAAAAUACAAUUCAUUACAUCUAGAAAUCUCUUCUGGAUGUGCAAAACACAUACAGCCAAUUACGCAGUCCUGAAGAUUGAUAAAUAGAGUCAUAUUUCAUGUUAGGAAAUGUAAAAUGGUGAGACACCAAGCUUCAAAAUCUCAGAUAAGGCAUUGAUUUAUGAAAUUCAUUUAAUUACAUGCAUCCGAACUGCACGGUGUAUUUCUUUCUACAAAUCCUCAGUUUCUAUAUGUUUUACGAGGAGGUUUCCAAUCUCAUCGUAAGAGUACUGGUAAAGUGCUGCUGAACCAACUUUAUACAGAUUCUAUUACAGUAAGGUCACACCAAUUUGAUUUUGUGGUUUUUUUGGGUCAAUGUUUGUGGGAAGAAAUAGGGAUCUUCUGGUGACAGCAGUAUUUAGGAAGCUUUGUUAUUAUUUGUAAUCAUUUAACAUUUACUUUUUCUGAAAAUUCAAAAGGGUUAUAUUCUGCUUGAAAUAACAAACUCCAAACAAAAUUAAAACAAAAAAUGAUUUUCUGAAUAAGACACUGACAAAAUCUGAAACCAAUGUUUCCGAUACCAAUUUUGAAAAGAAGUAUAAACAUGUAAUGAACAUAGUGUGGCCUAACAGUUACAUGUCGUGAGAGAUGUGUACUUUUAUUUUUUUUGUUUUCAAUCCGAUCAAAUUUCAUGAAUCAUUCAAUUAUGAUCAAAAUUUAUCAAAUAUCCCCAAAUGAUGUAGCAGAUUAUGGAUUGCGAGGUAACAUCCAGUUUAAAAGUUAAAAGCAUAUUUCUGUUAACAGGGUUUUAAUAAACACCUUCUUUCAUCAACCAAUUAUUCAAUUAUUAUUUUUUUACAAAUUACAGUCUUGCCUGUUUCAUGAACAUAUGUUUGAAUGGGAUUUUCCUGUCGAUGGAUGAGUGAGUUGAUUAAUCAAACUCAUCAGCAGUUUAGAUGUUAAGUAAUCCUAUCAUUUCAUUGAAAUUACAUUAUUGUACAUCCCUAAUUUUUCAAAAUAAAUUCAAUAUUUGAUUGACCCGUGUUGAUUUAAAACUUAGAUAAGGGUUAGAGGGUACAUCCACAUGAAAGUCUGGUAUUGUUUUUAAACCUGUCUGUAAAUCGGAUCUCUGUACAAGUGUGCUUAUCCUUUAUUUCCUGUGUAAGACCGUGGUUCGGGGUCAGCUUAACAAGGUCUGAAGGGGACUCAGGAUUACAGCACACCUGUGGCCUCGACUUUUGUUGGUUAAUUAGUCUGUAAAUAUGAUAUCAUUGCUGCCUGUACAUCAAAGGAAUUCUCCUGUCGACCUGUCUAUAAAAAAUGCAUUACAAGCCAUCAGAAUGGCUGUAGAAAGCCAGUAUAUAUAGGUAGUGCUGGAAUCUGGGGGAAACUUCUGUCCAUCACUACACCAACAUGUUUUGAUAUUAAAAUACACUGAUUUUACAACA